UCUCUGAUCCGGAUCAUGGACCUGGUCUUCAGUCAGGCAGUCACAGUCCUCCUCUGCUCCUCCUCGGUCCGUUCUACUCCAGCUCCCCUCGCGGAGCUCCAACAUGCUGCUGCCGGGAAACGACUCCUCUGGCUGGGCUGAGCUCCCGCAGUCCAACCGGUCUGCGCAGGGCGGCGGGUCCGGAUCUGAGGCGGUGAUCGUGCCGGUGGUGUUCGGGCUGAUCUUCGUGGUGGGGGUGGUGGGGAACUCUCUGGUCAUGGUGGUGAUCGGGAAGGUGAGGUACAGCGGCGGAGGGCCAGCUGGUGGAGGCGGCGGGGGAAGGGGGGGGAGGCGCCCCGGGAGCCCGACCAACAUCUUCAUCCUGAACCUGAGCGUGGCGGACCUCAGCUUCCUGGUCUUCUGCGUCCCCUUCCACGCCACUAUCUACUCCCUGCCGGAGUGGGUGUUCGGAGCCUUCCUCUGUAAGUUCGGGCACUACUUCUUCACGGUCAGCAUGCUGGUGAGCAUCUUCACGCUGGUGGCCAUGUCCGUGGACCGCUACAUCGCCGUGGUGCUCUCCAGGAAGUCCCCGUGCGUCCGGAGCCGCAGGAACGCGCGGGCCGGGGUGUGCGUCAUCUGGACGCUGUCUCUGGUGUGCUCGGUACCGGUGGCCCAGCACCAGGUCCUCACCAACCACCCCACCGCCCCCAACAGCACCUUCUGUUGGGAGACGUGGUCCGGAGCCUCCAGGCACACCUACAAGGUGACCAUCCUGCUGAUCGGGUACCUGCUGCCGCUGUUGCUCAUCAGCUGUUGUUACACCAAGGUUUUAUUUCAUCUUCAUAAAAAGAUGAAGAAUAUGUCCAAGAAGUCUGAGCGCUCCAAAAGAAAGACGGCUCAGACGGUCCUCCUGGUCGUCACCGCUUUCACCAUCUGCUGGAUGCCCCACCACAUCAUCGCCAUGUGGGUGGAGUUCGGCACCUUUCCCCUGAAUGAUGCCUCCUUUGCUUUCCGAAUUGUCUCCCACAUCCUGUCCUAUGGAAACUCCUGUGUCAACCCCGUCCUCUACGCCUUCCUGUCUGAAAACUUCCGCAAGGCCUGCCGCCAGGUCUUUACCUGCCGCUUCCUGUCCCCGCCGCCAGAGGAAAAGGUGGUUCGUUUCCGCAUGGAGAACUUUUCCACCACGCACUCCACCACCAACAUAUGAAGGACGGGGGGACAUGUUUGGAUAAAUAACCACCAGAGGGAGCACAGUGUCUGAACCUCAGACUGUAUCUAAAGAUGGACGACACGACACCUGGAGCGCCCCCUGGUGGCUGGCUGUAGUACGGGCCAUAAACCCCGUCCCCUCCAUGACAGGUGGGGGACAAACUAAAACAUCAAAGACGGUUUCUGUCAUUUCAGGUCGUUGUCUUCACGCUGAUGUUUGCUGUGUUCAUCUUUCUGAUGAGUUUGGUUUUAAUUUGUUAUUUGAUGCUAUAAAAAGAGUCAUGACUGACAGCUCAGCCUGCUGCCCCCAGAGGCUAAUGGAGUUACAGCAGGAUGUGGGUCACAUGACCACAGGACAGCGCAUGAUUGGCCUGCUGACUCGUCUGGUUGUAGAACAGAAAUUGGACAGUCAGGAUUUUUAUCAUCAGCUCAGAAAUGUCUGCCCUGAUUUGUGUCCCAGAUUUUUCUCAAUAGUUUCUUUAAAUUUAUUUUUACUAAUGAAUCAGUCCAAGAACAGUUGGAUUCUGCCCACUAGCUGCAGGAUCAGUAACGUUUAGAUUUCCUCACAGAAACAGAGAAUUCAAAUUCAUCAUGUUUUACAUGUUCAGUUGAGUGAAAUUAAGCUCUGUUUAGCACACGUUUGACUUCAUCUGUAAUAUGUUUCAUAUAUUUUAUUUUAUUUCCUGUGCAAGUCUGUUUAAGUGUGCAGUUUUAUUUUCUGUAAAUGUAUGUUAAAGAUAGUAACAAAGCCGUCCUGAUAGACUGAAAGAGUCUCUACAGGGUUAAUAACAAGAAUACAGACGAACCUGACUCACAAAUAAAUUAAUCAAUGACCAAACGAAAUGAUGAAUAUUAUAUAUAGUAAAUGGCUGGUGUGAAAAAGUAUAACACACUUUAUUUAAAUACAUAAAUAUUUUCACAUCUUGAUUUAUUUUACAUGUAAGUGAACGA